AUGAAAUUUUUCUUGGAAAAUGGACUAGCUUUGAAUGUAGGACAAGAGAAGGACUUUCUAUGUGUUGCAGAAGCCUCUGCUGCCUCCAAUGAAAUAGAAAACUUGUUUAUAAUGUGGUCGACUCACCUUAGUCCCAUUAUAGAAUAG